AUCUGGUGUACAUCGCUGACAAUACGUUUGACGUUGAUCCAUUCCUAUCCACAGUGAAAAACAACAAAACAAAAGUUUAUUAUCUAAAUUUAGUCAAUUACCAUGUAUUACACAUGAAAAAAUGGUACAUAUUUAAGAAGUACACUAAAGCUUUAAACAUUCCUUCGGUCUAAUCAUUGUGAUAGAUAUAUAGGUUUAAUUAUGGAUAUAUUUGCUAUAUUUUUUGUAGCCCUUAUUUCAUUAAUUGCGGGUAUUAUAGUAACCCUUUGUAUACAGUAUUAUAUUUUCUAUGUUUACCUCAAGAAAAGUCCUUUAUCUAGUGGUACAACGCCAAAAAAAUCGUUUGAAUAUUAUUUACCAGAUGCAAUCAAACACCAGUUAGGAGCAGGGGAUAUGAGUGAUAAAAGUAAAGGAGGACUUGCCAUUAGCCUUAUAAUGCAGUUUUUAUUUCAUGAGCUAAGACACUCUGAAGCUAUAAAAAGAUGGUUGUAUAAAAAGUUGACAAUGGAAUUUGAUGAGCUUUUAACCAAAACUACAAUGGGAAAAUGCUUCGAUUCAAUAAGUAUUAAGGAUAUGGAUUUGGGAUCUCAGUUUCCAGACAUUAAAGAUAUAUCUGUAGAGAGUGUUAAAUUAGAUGAAAAGGAAGAGCACAUUGAAGUUUUGAAUCUUGGACUAAACGUAGAUUAUUCUGGCAACUUUUUGCUGUGCAUAGAUGCCAAAAUGAAAUUUAGUAAAACUGCCUAUCUUUCAAUUAAAGUAAAGAAAAUUUGUGGUUUUGCCAGACUUCAGUUUUCCAGACAGCCAUAUACACACUGGUCAUUCAGCUUUUAUACAGAACCUGUUUUGGAGCUGGCAGUAGAGUCUCAUUUUCAAGGCAGACAACUGCAAUCAAAUAUAACAAACUUAAUAGUCAAUCAGAUUAAAAAAGCUAUUAAAAGGAAGCAUACUUUGCCGAAUUACAAAAUUAGGUAUAAACCUUUCUUCGUAAAAACCGAUCCUAGUCAACUAGACAUUGACGAUAGUGAAAAUGCCCUGCAAGGAACACUUGAAAUGAAUGUAUCAGAAGUUUCCAGAUUGUCAUUACCAGAUAAUGCUCAAAAUAUUUAUCUAACUAUAGCUAUAGAUGCAAUUCCUUGGAUAUGUUUGUGCCAGAAAAAUGAAGCUAUGGUCAUGACAUUGGAGAUAACCAUGACAAAACUGAAACAAACGCAAUUAGGAGUGAUUUUUCGCCAAGAAGCAGGUUCAGUGGUUGUAGAUAGUGUGACCAGUAAUUCCUGCGCCUACCAUGCCGGGUUAAGGGCCGCUGAUGUGGUUGUUUCUGUGGAAAAUAAAUUAGUUACUACAGUUCCUCAAGUUGCCAAAUAUAUGAAGUCCGUAUCAGGAACUAAUGUUACUUUACGAGUGGAAAGAGCUGUUGAGAACUACAUUACGAAGUGGAAGCUUAAUGAUGAGAAAGAACCACCUAUAACAAUAGCAUCUGAAGUAAAAUGUGAAGACAGCGAGACAGAGCUGACUCAACAAGAACAGGAAUCUUUUGUUAUUAUAGAAAACAUAAAAAAAGAAGAGCGGAAGGCCCGGGCUCAGAAAAUAAUUCCCAGCAAUGAGAACAUGGCCAAGCUGGCACAAACUAUCAGCAGUUUCAGUUUGAGGAAACGAAAAAUCUUAGGCGGAGGAGCGUCACCAAAUACUCCGCAACGAUCGCGCGUUCCUCCUGCCAAAAAGAAUUCCACUUCUGAUUUGCCAGAAAUUGUACGAACGGAAGUGGAUAGUCUGGAAUGCGAACAUAUUUUUUCAGCUAUUGAAAUAUUUAAAGGGAAAGAACUACGCCUUGACAAUGUUCUGCCCUUCGAUGACGAUUUUCGCUUUAUAAUCAAAGAAGGCGCGAAAUACAUUAAUGUAAACGCUUGGGCAACAUUCAACGACUCUCCUGAUGUUCUUCUGGGCUACUUAAAUAUUCCCUUAAAUUACGUUGCUUCUGAAUGUUCAUCCAGCGUGCUGGGACAUCACUCUAGACGAUAUUCGUUUUUGCCACCAGGUGUAACGUCCACAGCCACAGUGCACCCUCUUAGGGCACAUUCAGGGUUUGAGCAUGUAUUUUGCUUCGGCGAUGCCCUUUUAACGUUCGCUUGGUCGCCCAUCGAGAAUCCUGAAUCGCGAAGAAAAACUUCAACAGCGGUUGAUAAUAAGACUGAUGUUUCUGGAAUAAGAAACAAACACGACUUUGUAAGGACGCAGUUCCACGGAACGACACAUUGCGAUUUUUGUUCAAAAAAGAUAUGGCUGAAAGAUGCUGUUCAAUGUAGACAAUGUGGUAUGUGUUGCCACAAAAAAUGUGUUGCAAAGUGUCAGACCAGCAGCAGUUGUAGCGCUGACUCGUCGGCGCUUCCUAAGACUGUUGAUGCCCCUCUUAUUGAUGCUGUUCUUCAACCUGAUGGAUGCUUUGAUGACGCUGAAGGGAUGGAAAGCAACUUGAAAAGGGUUAAUAGUGUGACAAAUCUUAGUAUUCCAGGUUCACCCUCAUUUUCCUCGCGUAGUUUACCACCCAGUCCGCAAAGGACUCCCAUUAGAAAACAAUCGCUAAUUUGUGUCAACCCAUUUUCCCUUUGCCCCAUUGCCCUGGAAGAAGUACAAAAAACCCCACAGGAUUCAUGCGAAAUUAUUUCUAGACUCUUGGAUCAGGUCAUUUCGAGUCCUCCGGAUGAAAAUUUAAUGGACAACGCAAAAGAAAGUGGUCAAAAAAUGUACGUCCAUUUGGAAAUCGAAGAAAAGAGAGAGAAAAUCAAUUUGAUGAUGGCCGAAUUGAAGAAAACGUUAGACCUAACAACAACAGAGCAUAUGGAACUAACCAAGAAAAUGAACUUGGAAGAAUCGGAAGUCGAAAAAGCCAAAUUAGCCUUUCUGGUAGGCCAAGCAGAUGCCAAAGUACAUGCACUGUCCGUGCUGAUGUUGCACUACUGCUCAGGACUACAGUAUUCACACGAAAAAAUAUUGUAAAUGAAAAGGUUUGCUUUGUCACACUUUUCGGGGUGCUGUUUUAAAUGCAUUCUAAGCAUUUAUUCAAAAGUACCGUUUUUGCAACAUAUUUAUAUCGAUACACCAACGCGUAAAUGUACAGAUAAAACGGCGAUCAUUGGAUAGUAUGUACUUAUUUUCACUCGCAUAUUUAUUUCUUUUCACUUCACUACAGCGCAAGCCGCCAGAAAAUAUAACUAUUAUGUUUGAAUUUGGAAAUUCUACGCACAACUUUACAGCGCUUUUUAUCUCUACAGUCAUCAGAAAAUUAUUUUUAAUCUUAUUAAAUUAUGCAGGCAUACGCACACACACAACACCUAGAAUGGAAGCAAGUAUUUAAUUGAUAGAUACAAACACGCUUUGUUUUUAUCUGCUUAUUAAGUAUCGUUUUUUUAUAGCUUUUAGUGAUUUAUAGGUGGCUUACAAAUUUCAUUCGUCCGAGUAAUGUUUUUAGUCUGUACAUACACAUAGCAACUUGAGUACGAUUGGUGUAUGCUUUAAAAACUAUCGUAUGGAACUUUUUUUUUCUAUCAAUUCGGGAACAUUAUCAAGAUUUCACUUCACAUUUAUAUGCGUAAAAUUUACUAAAUCGUGCAUAUCAGAAAGGAAUAUUGAAAUAAACCGAAUCGUUUUUGUUUUGAAUUUACUUAGUCAGUAUUUAGUAGCGAAGCAGUUCUUAGAACAUGCCCAAUGAAAGUAUUUAUUUAUUUAUUAAAUAUACAUAUAUCAAGCCGUUGAUCUCAUUGAAAACAUAUUUGUACAUCAUUCUCAGUCAGGUCUUUGCAAACUGUUAUGCCAAUAUUAUGAAACGUUAGAUUAAUUUAAUUGCAAAUUAAUUUAACACAGGAAUAGUAAAGGAUGUUCUAAAUAAAAUCGGUAUUAUUUGCAAGCUUAUAAUUAGCCAACGUCUGAUUUUAAUUUCCGUGGACUGAUUGUACACAACACGUUUGCGCGCAAAUUGCAAAUAAAUAUUUUAUUAAACCCUGUGCAUUUGCUAAAACUCAAAGCAGCCAUAGAAAAACCUUAACGAAUAUUGAUAUCCCUUUAAAUGUUUCAAUUCAAUUAAAAUACUUGGAUGAUGUGCUUUGAAUUUUUAGCUAUUAUACAGACUCAGCAUACAGAUAGAAAAAUCUCUCCUUAAAAAAAUAUUGAAAGCAUUUAGAAAACGCGUUAAGUGUGUUUAUUUAAAUGUUAGUCGCUAACACUGUUUAGCAUAUUUCUAGCCUGUGUCGCAAAAUAUCGUUCUAUGUGUUAUAGUGUAGCUUGUAUUAUUUGAGUUCGGGUGAGUAUGCAAUAUUGGUAGCUUUACAUUGAUGGGUUGUGAUAUGUUAAUUUUCUUUUACAAGACGGCUGAACUAGAACAAAAUAUCUAGGCAAUUAUACAUAUCUCCAUAAAAGGGUCACAAAACAAGCCUCUUAUCUACUGUCAGAGAUUUGCAAAAGAUAUUAUUAACUCAAUCUUAAGCUACUACCAAAUUGUCAAUUGAAGUUCAUUUAUUUUAACAAUGUAUUUCGCUUAUCUGUUAUAUAAAUAUCUAUUCCGUGUAGUGAUAGAUGCAAAUUAAAGAUUGUCGGAAAAUAGAUAGUUAAGAAAAACAUGUACUAGGUGUACUGUAAGUACAAAACUUUGGAAGGGUUUUUAUUUAUUAUCAACUAUGGAUUUCCGUAAAAAAUACAGGAAAAACGGGUUUCAGAGCAAGUAUUGAUAUUCCCCAAGACACUGAUUGUAACUAUAUUGAAAAUAUAUUUGUCUAAUAGUUGUUAUGCAUGUAGAUAUUUAAUACUUUAACUAUCUGCAUACAUUUUUAUUUUUUAUUCAAUUAUUCCAAUUAUUUAAAAAAAUCCUUGCAACUUUUGUAUUUACGCCACAUACCAUUUUCCUGUUAUUAAGCGUCGUAGUGAGUGUCGAAAUAUAAAUAACCCUGUACAUAUAUCACUAGUCAAUUAUUCGAAAUAUUUUAUUGUAUUGUCUAAAAAAUGUUGGCUGUUUUCAUUUGGAUAAAAUUGUGUUAUAUUCGGAAUUUCCUACAGCUGCUAUCUGUUCCAAACGUGCUAAGAUGUUCAAAGUUCAGACGUUGAUUUUUGUUAUUAUCUUCUCUACACGUUAUAGUUGGGAGAAGCAGUUUUUUGUUCUAAAAUAUAUUGUGAUAUAAUAUGUAUAAGUCCAUUUUAAGUUGUUAGACAAAGCUUAAAAGUAAAGAAGUAAAACAGCA